AUGCUUCGUAAUAUGAUGGCAAAUUUAUUUGCUAAUUACUAAAAUAUGCAUAAAAUAAUUGAAAAUACUGAAGGAUCCAUAUACUUAGGAGACUAUACUGCCGCAUUAGAUGUUAAAACUUUAAAAGAGAAUAACAUAAAAACAAAAUAUAAGGAAAAAAACGCUUUAAAUUACUAGUCUUAAUGA